CACCGUUUUAACAUUUGAUCUCGAUUUAUAAAUCUGGAUUAGCUGUUGAGAAGUAUUUUGGUAUGCACGGUAGGUGGAUUUAGUAAUCCUUAGUACACAUUUGGCAACAAUGUUAUAUUUAAAAAAGAAGUAGAAAAUAACCACCUACUCCUUCUAAAAUACGGUCGAUAUUGUUAACGAUAACGCAUUUAAAAUACAAACCAUCCUGAUUCAUAUUAUAAAUUUGUUAAUUUUAUUAUUUUUAUCAUUGUGAUUAUGGAUACUGAUAGUUCAAAAAGAGUUCCUAAUUUCACACCUAAUGAAAAAGACUUUCUUAUUAAUUUAGUUGCUAAGUAUAGUCACAUUCUGGAGGACAAAAAAACUAACAAAGUUAGCAUACAGGAAAAAAAAAACCAUGUGUGGGACCAAAUUGAAGUGGAAUUUAAUAAUAACACGCAGAUUGCUUGCUUCAGAAGUUCGAAUCAGUUAAAACGUCUAUAUGAGAACAAAAAGAAGGAACUGAGAAGAAAAAUGGCCAAUAAUAAAAAGGAAACAUAUUUGACUGGUGGUGGGACUUCACAAGUGGUUAAAUUGGAGGCCAAUGAGGAGGUUUUAUUGCAAAUUGUGAACGAGAAAACAGUUAAAGGUUUUGAUGUGCCUUUUGACUCUGAUAGUGCAACUUCUGAAGAAUUAUAUUCGAGAGAAGUCGAAUUAUCCCCUGCUGCAAAAACGUCUAAAUCAUGUUCACUUUUGGAAAAAAAUAAAAGAUGGGAGGAAGCUGCAGCUGCUUGGAAUGAAUCCCAAUCAGAAAAAAGGAAAAGGAAAGAAACAGAAUUCGAAUUUUCUCCAGUACCUUUAGCAAAACAACCUAAUACGGAAAUAACAUUGGAGGAUGGUAUAAAUAAAGAGACCAAUGCAACAAGUCAGUACCAGAGAUGUCCACCAAAAACUCUUAACACCUCUACUAGUUCUGAAUUAACAACACCCAGUUCUAGUAUUAACUGUAGCAGGAGAAGACCUACAACAAAAAUUAAAACACUUACAUCUUCAGAUGUAUCUGAUAAAUACAAUAGGUUACUGGAUAGAAGACUUGUUUUAGUUGAGAAACAAAUUGAGCAAAUUACUGAACAAAAUAAUUUUGCGAGAGAGGAAAACAAACAAAAACUUAUCGUUGUAAAUUUGGAAAAGGAGGAAAAAAAAAUGAAAAUAGAACUUCUCAAGUUAGAACUUGCUUCCAAACGGUCUUCUCUGUGAGAUUUGCAUUGCAGUUUGUAACAUAUUUAAAAUGCAAAUUCUUUAUCGUUUCAACUUUUACUUGAUGAAAAUCCAUAUUGUUUUAAUGAGAAAAACCAAACUUUGUAGAUUUUCACAUGUGAACA